AUUAUUAUUAUUAUUAUUAUCAUUAUCAUUAUUAUUAUUAUUAUUCUUGUAUUAUUUCAUAAAGAUGAUAUUAUCACUAUUACAAAAGUAUUGGACUAUAUUAUUUAUUCUAUUCAAUAUACUACUUAUUUUAUUUGAUUUAGCUUUAUUAAUAUUACCUUUUAGAACAUUAAAUAUUCUAUCAAAUUAUAAUACAAUAUUAGAUUAUUUUAAACCAAUUAUUUAUCCAAUUAUUAUAUGUAGUGGAUUUCUUGGUCUAUUUAGUAUAUUCAUUGGAUUUAUUGGAAUAUGGAAAAAGAAAAAUCUAUUCAUUUGGAUGCAUAUUAUUGGAUUAAUUAUAGCAACAAUUAUUGAAAUUUCAAUAUCGAUCAAUUCAAGUGUAUCGAAUAAUCAAUAUUUUAAACCAGCUAAUCAAUCAUUAUGGAAUUCAUUACAAUAUUAUCAAAAACAUCCAAAUUAUGAAAAUCAAUUUGAUAAUUUACAAAAAGAUUUUCAAUGCUGUGGGGUUAUAUCAUCAAAAGAUUAUACUAAACUUGUAGAUUAUUUACCACUUUCUUGUGAAAAAGGAAAUCAACUUUAUUUAAAAGGUUGUUCUGAAGCAUUAUAUCAAUAUAUACAACAAUCAAUAAUGUUAAUAGUAUAUAUAUGUAUUGCAUUCGCUAUUUUCAAAGCAAUCUAUUUGACUAUUUCAAUUCUUGUAUAUCGUAAAUCUGAUAAGAAUAAUUUACCUAUAUAAAUAAUAAAAAUAACAAUAUUGAUUAAUUUCAUUAAAUCCGAUCGAUAAUGUACUUCAUAUUAUUGAUUUUUUUUUAUUAAAAAAAAACUGAAAAAAGGUGGGGGAGAAUAUAAUAAAACUGAUCAAUAUGUGAUUUCAUUUGAUUUCAUUCCUCUUUUUUUUUUCCUAAAUGUUAACUUACAUCUUCAUUCAUAUGUCUUAUUUGACAGAUUUACAUAGUUUUUUUGUUGCAAAAUCAUUUAUACUACUCAUAAUAAUAAUAAAUGAUAUAUGACUUAUUGAUUGAUAAAUUUUUUUUGUUUUAAUUUAUUUCUAAACAAGAAACAAAGAUUAUCUUACGAUUAAUUGUAUAAAAAGUUUAAUAUAUGAUAUAACUCUUAAAUAAUAACUAAACAAGUUAUGAGAUUAUUUUAUAUACUUAAAUAUAAUACUUAAUUACUUAAGUCUGUUACUACUACUCAUGGAGAAGCUGAAGUCGCCCACGGGUACACUUCAUUCAACCUUGUCUUGGAAAAUCCUUUCGAGUUGUUAUUCAUCUUUUUUUAUAUCUGUUUCCAUUUUGAGAUGUAAUAUGUUUGUUGUCCUUCCACUUUUCCACUUCCUUACAGGAUCCCAUGUUAGGGCAUUCAUUGUGAUGCAAUUUGGUGAUUUCUAAAUAUCAGUCAUAUUCACUUCCAAGGUCUUUUCCUAGUUUCCUCUCCAGCUGAAAGCUGGCUCGUUCUCUCCCUCAGAAUGGUGUUGUUGAUAGUAUCCAAUCAAUGAAUUUUCAGUAUCUUGCAUAGACAAUUAUUUAUAAAUACUUGUACCCUCUUGAUGAUACUUGUUGUAGGUCUCCAAGUUUCAAUUCCAUAUAGUAGAACUG